UUCCACAGAGUAUAAAUAAAAUAUUCCUCUAGAUUGUCAUGGUGCCUAAAGGUUGAUUUUGUUUUUAAGUUUCAUAAUUUUCCAUUGAACGAUCCAUUAAAUAAGAAAAAUGAACAGAAUAGUUUUAAACCGUUGUCGGUGUUUAAAAAAAUCUACCUUACUAUGGGAGACCCGACAGUAUCAAAACUUUCCGUAUAUCACUCAUUCAAGGUCAUUAUCCUAUUACACAACCCAACCCGUUGGGUUGCAGCAUGAUGUAAGUCAGAAACCUUUAAACGGAAAAGUAUUCUGUCCUGUUUAUGUCAGGACAAUAUCAACAAGUAAAUAUUGUUAUGAAAAAGAACCACUAAAACCAUCCUCGAAAGUUGAAGCAACAGUGGUGACAAUAAAGAAAGAAAUUGAAGAAAAGGAAAAACUUCCAAAGAAGGUGGAAAAAAAGAAAAGCAUUAAAGAGAGAAUUAUGGAUGAAUUGAGGCAUUAUUACCAUGGUUUCAGGCUACUUUUCAUUGAAGUAAGAAUAUCAACAUCAUUGUUAUUCAAAAUAUUGAAAGGUCAAUCUCUAACACGAAGGGAGCACAGAUUGUUAGUUACGACAAUAGGUGACUUGUUCAGGAUGGUUCCAUUUAUUGUUUUUAUUCUGGUUCCAUUUUUAGAAUUUGCCUUACCUUUUGUCAUAAAAUUUUUUCCCGGUAUGUUACCAUCAACAUUUGAAAGUAAAAGUCAAAAAGAGGCAGUAUUAAAACAACACUUAAAAGUGAAGUUGGAAAUGGCCAAAUUCUUCCAAGAGACCUUAGAUCAAAUGGCCCCACAAGCAAAAAAUAGGCAUUCAGAGCUAGCCAAAGAGUUUUCAGUUUUCUUCAAUAAAAUCAGAACUUCAGGAGACGUGGCAACAAGUGAAGAAAUAAUGAAAUUUUCAAAACUUUUUGAGGAUGAAAUCACACUGGAUUCUCUUCAGAGACCGCAUUUAGUUGCAUUGUGUAAAGUUUUAAAUGUAUCUACUAUUGGAAUGAGUGCUUUGUUACGGUUUAACUUGAAAAUGAAACUAAGGUCGUUGGCUGCUGAUGACAAGAUGAUUGCUAAAGAAGGUGUGGAUAGUUUAAAUUUCAGUGAGUUGCAGCAAGCUUGUAGAGCUAGAGGCAUGAGAGCAUAUGGUGUAUCAGAAGAGAGGUUACGGAAAGAGUUAAAGAACUGGCUAGACUUGUCGUUAAAUGAAAAGGUUCCACCCUCCUUACUACUAUUGUCAAGAGCCUUGAUGGUACCAGAACAUGUGCCAACGACAUAUAAAUUGAAAGCAACAAUAUCUGCGUUGCCAGAACAAGUUGCUACACAAACAAAGGCUGCAAUUGGUGAAAAAGAAGGCAGACUUGACUUCAAGACUAAAGCAGAAGCGAUUAGAUUGGAAGAGGAGAGGAUUAAAGAAGAGAAUAAAGAGAUGCAAGAGGCAGAGAAAGAAAAAGAGAUGCUCGAGGCAAAGAAGAGAGAGAAAGAAGAACUCAAGGACAAAGCUCCGAUCCUGGAUGAAGAGAGUACUCCAGUCUUGGUCGAUCCUGCCCCAGUUAUAGCCGUCGACCCUCCCAAACCUAAGUCAGAUGAAGGCUUAUCGUCCACAGAUGUUGAAGUGAUUGAGGAUGCUUUAGAAAAAUUAGCUGAACAAAAGAAAUCACUGCUUCUUGAAAAGGAAAGUAUUCAAGAGCUUAAAGCAGAACUUCUCGAUUACAGUGAAGAUGUAGAAGAAAUGCAUGAGAUUGUGAAGAGCAAACAGGCUGAUAUUAAAUUGACUAAGGGAGCUAGAAGAUUAUAUCGAGCCGUAAAUAACAUGAUCAGCAAAUUAGACUCAGCGCUUCUCGAACUGGAAAAUAAAGAGAAAGCUUUACUAACGACAAUCGAACAGACAAAAUCGGAGCCUGAAAAAGCGAAAGAGCAUUUGAUCCAAAUCGACGAACUAAUGCAUUCCAUUAAGAGUCUACAAAAAGUUCCGGAUGAGGCGAAGUUAAAACUAAUUCAGGAUGUACUCGGCAGGUUGGAUGAUGAUUUUGAUGGACAGCUGAAGAUUGAUGAUGUCUUGAAGAUGCUAGAAAUAAUAGGUAACGAAAACGUGAAUCUAUCAGAGAAGCAAAUGGCUGAGCUGGUGGAGUUGCUAGACAAGGAAGAGAUCUUAGAAGUCGAGAGUAAAAUACAAAAGGCUCUGGAAAAAGCAGCCAAGGAACAGGCUAAGACUAGCGAAUCUGAUGGAAAGGGUCUAUACGAUCUGAUCCGAGAAGCUCAGAAACGGAGAGAAAUGAAGAAAGCAGAAGAAAAGAUUGGAGAGAAACCUAAUAUGCCCAAGAGUGAAGAUAUAGUCACGAAGCAAGACAGCACUAAACGACCAGAGAGGCACUAA